AUGAGAGGCCGUCACCAUGAGGAGUAUGGAGGAAACUUCCAAGAAGUUCUAAACGAGCUGAGAGACAUGAGGGAUUUAAUAAAUAACUCACGAAGAGGUGGAAGAGUGCAGUUAGCAAAAGCGAUAGAGGAAGCAGAUAAGUCGCCAUUCACCUAUGAGAUCAUGCAUGCGGACAUCCCGGAGAAAUGCGUGUUACCAACACUUGCAAGCAUAUUCAGUGGAUCGGAAAGUUCAGUGCAACACUUGAAGCAAUAUACCCUUUCGCUGAUGCAAUGGGGACGAAACGACGCAGUACUUUGUCGAUAUUUCCCUGCGACCUUAGCAGGGGAGGCAUUAGCCUGGUUUGAUGGACUUCCGGAAAAGUCAAUAUCAUCAUUCAAAUAUUUGCAGAAGAUAUUCUUGACGACGUAUAUAAGCAACAACUUGUUCAAGCCAGGGAUAGAGACUAUGUUCAACCUGAGGAGAAGGCCAACGAAAAGCUUGCAAGGGUUGGUCACGAGAUGGAGAACAUUGUGUAGCGAGUUAGCAGGGAGAGUUGAUGAACGAAACUUCAUCUUAUCCUUCGUGAAUGCUUUGAUCCCAACGGACCUGCUGUACACACAAAUAUUCAUUAUUCGAAACUCGAUAACGAUGAAUGAGCUGAGGGAGUGCCAGGAGGAAUACAUAGCAUUGGAGGAAAAGUAG